AUGGCGAAACUCUUCACCCCCCUCAAGGUCGGGGCCAUGUCCCUCUCCCAACGCAUUGCCAUGGCUCCAAUGACCCGGCUCCGGGCUAGCGAUUCUCACGUUCCGUUACCCUCUGUAAAGGAGUACUACAAGCAGCGUGCCUCGGCCCCCGGAUCUCUCGUCGUUACAGAAGCCACCGUCAUCAGCCCCCGACACGGUGGUUAUGCCAACGUCCCAGGCAUCUACAACCAGUCUCAGAUCGACGCCUGGAGGGAAGUCACCAGCGCCGUGCACGCCAACGGAUCGUAUAUCUUUCUUCAGCUGUGGGCUCUUGGUCGCGCUGCAAACCCGCAGUCCCUGCAGCAAGCAGGACACCAGAUGGUUUCCAGUAGCGAUGUCCCUAUGAAGAGUGCCUUCAGUGAUGAGAUGCACUACCCGACUCCAUUAACUGAGGAUGGUAUUCACGGUGCAAUUUCCGAUUUUGCAGUCGCAGCUAAGAACGCCAUCAGCGCUGGGUUCGAUGGAGUGGAGAUUCAUGGCGCCAACGGAUACCUCGUCGACCAGUUCAUCCAAGACGUCUCAAAUAAACGAACCGAUAACUGGGGUGGAAGCAUCGAAAACAGAUCACGCUUUGCUGUCGAGGUCACUCGGGCUGUUGUCGAAGCAGUCGGAAGAGAGCGCACUGCGAUCCGUCUAAGCCCCUGGAGCAAGUACCAAGGCAUGCGCAUGGACGAUCCUGUCCCUCAAUUCUCAGAUCUUGUACACAGGCUGGCCGACUUCAAGCUGGCCUACCUUCACGCAUGCGAGUCUGACGCUAAACAAAGUGGCGAAGAUAUCAAGUUCAUCCUGGACACCUAUGCCGAUGCGAGCCCUGUUCUCGUUGCCGGUAAUUACGAUGCAGCUUCCGCUAAGAAUGCGGUAGAUGUCGAGUAUGCGAACCACGACGUUGUGGUGGCAUUUGGUCGCCCGUACAUCUCUAAUCCCGACUUGGUAUUUAAAGCGAAGAAGGGCAUCGAGUUUGCGCCGUUCGAUCCAAAGACUAUGUACGCACAAAGCGAUGAGGGCUACAUAGAUUACCCCUUCGCCCAGGAGGCCAAGGAUGAAUAA